AUGAGACAAAAUACGCUGCUCUUGGGCUACUGGUUUGAUGAUAAAAAACCAUACAUGAACAAUUUUAUAUACCAAUUCCGAGAAGAAUUACAAAGUAUAGCUGAAGGAGUUCAAGUUCAUCUUCCUGAUAACCAUCAAAUAAUCGUAAGAGGAGUAGUAUUGAUGGGUGUCUGUGAUCAACCGGCGAAGAGCGAUUGCUUCAAUUUUAUGCUAUACAAUGCUGAUUUUGGCUGUACCUCUUGUUUAUCAAGAGGUCAGUCAUUGCGCACAGAUGCAGGUGGACACGUUCAUGUCUAUCCAAAUGAGCCUCAAAUACAACUAAGGACAUCAUUGCAAACAGUGGCAAAAGGCAACCUCGCGACGCCAGAUCAACCGAUAAUGGGGGUUAAAGGCAAUUCGGCUUUGUUUCUAAUUAUGCCUGAUUUCAUCAGAGGUACAGCUAUAGACCGUAUGCAUUGCUGUGAUGGUGGCGUGAUUAAAAAAAUUCUUCGCUUAUUAUUUGAUUCUAAUUAUAGUGAUAAUGCAUUUUCAUUGCGUGCCGUCAUCGAUCAAAUCGAUGAUCGAUUAAUAGGUAUUAAACCACCUAAGUUCGUACAUCGGCUACCUCGAACAAUUACUGACUUAAAACACUGGAAAGCAUCUGAAUUGAAAAUAUUUUGCUUUUAUUAUGCGAUACCUAUAUUUGAAGGUAUCAUGCGCCUUGAUUACUUUCAACAUUUGUUAAAAUUAAUUAUUGGGUUGCAUAUUUUAAGCUGUGAUGUUAUUACUUACGGUAUGAUUGAAGUGGCCCGUGACUUAUUAAAUUGUUUUGUUCGUGAAUUUGAGCAGCUAUAUGGAUUAAGAUACUGCUCAAUAAAUAUCCACUUAUUGGAACAUUUACCAGACUCAGUGAAGAAUUUGGGACCCUUGUGGGCCCAUACCUGCUAUGAAUCCGAAGAUUUAAAUGGACAAAUACUUAAGUUAUUUCAUGGUACGUGGCAUAUUGACACUCAACUAGCAAGAUCUCAAAGUAAAUUUUUAACUAUGACUAGGCUUAUCGAUCAAUCACGAAAUGACAAAGUGCGCAAUUUUUGUUCUGAAAAAAAAUUGCAAGUCAAAAUUGUUGAUCAAAUAUCUGACCAUUGUUAUACUGUUGGCAAUUAUAAAAAUCUCAGUGUUGAUGAGCUACCAUUAAUCGUUAUGCAUGCGUUGCACCAAAGCAGAUUAUUAAUUGAUAACAUUUCAGUUAAACAGUACUUUAGACUUAUGAAGCAUAAAAAACAAUAUGUAUCUGACAUGUAUAAAGAUAAUUUGCAAACAUUAUCGUCUGUGGUUCAAUAUUCUGAAAAUAACCAACUCUGA